AUGUCUAUCUUGAAUGAACCAGAAAGGAUAAUCACCAAAGAGCAGCUCGAUGCCAUCUCGGCAAACGUCCAAAACUCUUUGCAACAACAAGCCGCAGAAAAAGCGAGAAUGAUUCAAAAUGACAGCCAAACAGAGGAAGAUAGAGAUACUAUACAGCAAGUCGAAACAAACCAAAGAGAGUCAGAGGCGCAAUAUGCACAACAAAUGGAAAUCGAACGUCCCCAACAAGAAGAAAACCAACAAAUAUUCCCAAAUCCUCCAUCCCAACAAUACGAAUUUUCGAGUCAAAACGUCAUUCCAAUGGAAGAAUUAACAACACAACAAAGUGAACACAUAUUUACGCAAAAUACCUUAGAGCCCGAAAGGAAUUUCGCAUCACAAGCCACAUUGCCAGAAAUAACGGCAUCACAAAAAGAAGCUCCACAACAAAAGUUCAUGCCGCCUGUUGGCAGCAGCCAGAUCGAAACAUUUGUAGUUGCCCCUCCUGAAAACAUGCCAAGCUCACAACAACCACCUAAAGUUCCUGAAACAAUUAAAGCUGCACCAAGGAUCGAAGUUGCUCAACCCACGUAUUUGGAACCAGUGAAUAACACCCCGAUGCAAGUUGAACCACCUCAAAUUCGGGAAACGACGACCCCAAUCAAUACGAUUCCAAAGCAACCCGUUCAACCAGUUGUACACCACGAGAAUAAUACAACACGAGAAACAACUUCUAAAAUAUAUCCACCAAAGGUUGUCCAAAAACAAGCUGUAAUUCAACACCCCAAACCAAUUCAGGUUGGUCCUCAACAACAAAAAAUGCGACCAGCACAGCCUCUCCCAUCGUCUCGCCAAAGCGUCCAACAAAACCAGCCUCCAAAAUCAUUGCCAACAAAAGCCCAGGUUGUGGCAACACCAACUCAACCCCAACAACAAAGCGCUGAACAGUUUUCUGGAUUUCAGAUUCCACCAAACUUUGCCCAGUUGUCGCCAGAGAUGCAACAACAGUUCAUGGCCAUGCUGAUGCCACAAAUUGCAGCGUCAAAACAAACUGCAGAAACGUCAACUGCAAAGAAGGGAGUAAAGAGAAGAAGACAAAUCGACGACGAGUUGUACAGAGAAAUUAGACAGAAGACUGACGCUGAGAGGACCCGUGUCGAGAAACAAGGAGGAACAAACAGGUCGACCCAGAAACUGCACAAACUAUUUAAUGACUUGCAGAGCCUUUCGACCAGUCUUGGAAUACCAAUCGAAACACCAGAAAUUGUGGUUGUUGGCAUGCAGAGCGACGGCAAAAGUUCGUUCAUUGAGGCGCUUGUCGGCUUCCAGUUCAACGUUGUUGAGUCGACAAUAGGGACACGUCGUCCGUUGAUUCUGCAGAUGUUCAACAACCCAGACAAAAGAACACCACGGUGCUGUUUUGCAGACGAAAACGGCGUCUUUGAGGAACGAGAAAUACCAGUUGAGUACCUGAGCCGCGAAAUAGCAAACAGAACAUGUGACGUCGCUGGAAGAAACAACGUCAGCAACAAACCGCUUAUCCUCAGAGUCGAGUUUGCUGGGUGCAGCAACUUGAACAUUAUCGAUACACCAGGGUUCAGAAUCGGCGGCGAGGAAGGUCUGAGAGACGACAUUUCGAAAAUGGUGAAGGAACUGAUCACACCACCAAACAGAAUCAUUGUCUGUCUAGAACAGUCAACAACUGAGUGGGCAAACUCCGUCUCGCGCCCAAUUGUCAGAGAGGUCGACCCAGAGUUCAAAAGAACUGUUUUGAUUAACACCAAGUUCGACAACCGCGUAAAAGAGCUCACCGACAAAAACUCUGUCGAUGUCUAUUUGAGCGGAGACAAAUUGAUCAUCGGUGAUAAAAAGCCGUUUUUCAUUUCUCUGCCAUGCAAAAGAAACAUCUCCAUGGAACAGUAUCCCGACUACAUCACAGACAGUUACAUCAGCGACUACAGACAACUUCUGGAAAUUGGAUUUGAAGAGCAAAAGUUUGUCGAACAGAUUGGCUUUCCACGCGCAAAGAUGUUUCUGGAGAACCUCCUACAGAACAAAUACAAGGAGUCUCUUGCGCCAACAGCAGUCAAACUGGCGAGUCUUGUCGAGAAGUCAAAACGCGAGAUUAUGUUGAUGGAAAAAGAGAUGACGCAUAUUGAACCAGCCCUGCUCAGACAGAGGUCUGUGCGGUUCAUACAACUUUUUUCUAAAAAUGUGACCGAGUUGCUCGAAGGUCGUGCUGGUGUUGACCCCAACAUUUAUGGACAGACUGUUUCAGAUGAAGGUCUUGACAACCCAAAUAACGACGUCACAAAACUCUUUGGAGGUGCACAGAUUCAGAGAACACUCCAACUGUAUGAAAACAAAUUAAAAUCGCUCGACUUUAUCUCUCCAACAAAGGAUGAAGUGAUGGGAGCAUUUGGAAUGGGAAGAAAUGAUGAAAAGGCAGCAAGAAUCGUUGUUGCCAACGUUGCCGUGAUGGGGAUAAAACCACUGAUGGAACAAGCAAUUGAAAAAGUCUGCUGUAACUUGGUGAGGCUCUUCGACAUCACGACUGCAAUUGUCAAAGACACACCAAACGGAAGAGCGAUUCCAGAACAAAAACAAGAGGACGUGUUCAAAUUUGAAGUCCCAGAAAACAAAGUCGAAGUUGGUGUUACUGGUCUUGUCAGGUUCGAGGGGUUUGUGACUGUUUUGAAACAAGGUUUCAUGACGUUCAUCGACAAACUGAAAAUAGAGUGCACAAACAAAUUGGUCGACGACUUUUGGGCAACCGUGAGAUCCGCCGAAAGUGCAACAGGAAACGUUGGUGAACGCGGAGACAAAGUUGCUGCAAUGGCAGAACAACUGUUCCAAGUUAUCAAAGAAAGAAUGACAUCGCUGGUGAUUGGGAAGAUAAAGACGUUCGUCGUUUUCCCAGUCAGAGACAACCUUCUCUCCUGGCUACUCGAUGGAUUUCUUGGCCUGGCUCCAGACAAGUACGAGCAGCUAUUUAACUUCAGUGAAGAGGCGCUCAGAAAGCAGGUUGCUGAAUUGCAUCAACAACACACUGUCUGCGAGCAGAACUACAUGAAGUUUACUGGCAUGAUAAAGGAACUUGACAACUCUCAACCCGAAACACAAACCAAAGAGCGAGAAAUGUAG